CGGUUUUCAUCUAAAAUAUCUUAAAUUGUGUUACGAAGACGAACAAAGCUUUUACGGGUUUGGAACGACAUGAGGGGCGCAGUUCAGGGCUUUGGAAGAUAGGUGGCCUGUGGUCGCUCGCAGCUCACGGCGCAGUCGCGGUAAAUGAACUGACGGAUCAGGUAAGCCCCGUCUGCGACGCAACAACAGGUGAAUGAAUGACCGCGACCGAGGCUCUGCUUGGCUGUUACAUCCUUUAAUCGCGACUACAUCAAGGAAAUAAAGAUGUAAUGUGGACUAUUUUAGUCGGUAUUGUCUGGCUGUAAGUUGGGACGCGUCGUGGCCACUUGUCCGAGUUACUGCAGCCAAAGGAGAUCUUGAUUUUAGUGUGAAUUAAGGGUCCGAGUGUCAGACAUGUUGUCAGGGGAGGAAAUCUUAUGCAGCACCCAGCAGGUGAUCGCAGGGCUGGAGGCUCUGCGUGGAGAGAACCGCACGCUGCUGGACAGUCUGCAGGAAACACUCCAGAGCCAGACCUCCAGCGAGAGCGGCAGCCUGGAGCAGGAGAAGACCAACAUCAUUUUACAGUCUCUGGAGAGGAUUGAACUGGGGCUAGGAGAGGCGCAAGUGAUGAUGGCGCUGUCAGCACACCUGGGCUCUUUGGAGGCAGAGAAGCAGAAGUUGCGUGCUCAGGUGCGGAGGCUGUGCCAGGAAAACCAGUGGCUGAGAGACGAGCUGGCCAGGGCCCAGCAGCAGUUACAGGAGCGGGAACAGGAAGUGGUUACUUUAGAGGAGCAGAACAGACACCUGCAGUUCAUGAGCAGCAUCCGCAAGUACGACCACGAAGAGCCACCUAUGGAGGAUAAAGAUUCUACUUCAGGGAAGGAGUCCCUUGAUGACCUCUUUCCUUCUGAAGAAGAGGAGCAAUCACACAUGUCUCAGCCACACAGUAGUGCCGCCGCUGCUGCCCAGCAGGGAGGAUAUGAGAUCCCUGCCCGCCUCCGAACUCUCCACAACCUGGUGAUCCAGUACGCCUCUCAGGGCCGCUAUGAGGUAGCUGUGCCGCUCUGCAAGCAAGCUCUGGAAGACCUGGAGAAAUCCUCAGGCCACAGCCAUCCGGAUGUUGCUACCAUGCUCAAUAUCCUGGCUUUAGUGUACAGGGAUCAAAACAAAUACAAGGAAGCGGCCAAUCUCCUGAAUGAUGCAUUGGCUAUUCGUGAGAAGACACUAGGCUUGGACCAUCCAGCAGUGGCAGCUACUCUGAAUAAUCUGGCUGUGUUGUAUGGAAAAAGAGGGAAGUAUAAAGAGGCAGAGCCACUGUGUAAAAGAGCUCUGGAGAUCAGAGAAAAGGUGCUUGGGACAGAUCACCCUGAUGUAGCCAAGCAGCUGAAUAACUUGGCCCUCCUAUGCCAGAACCAGGGCAAAUACCAGGAGGUGGAGCAGUACUAUGAACGUGCGCUGCACAUUUACCAGAGCCAGCUGGGUCCAGACGAUGCUAACGUGGCCAAGACCAAGAACAACCUGGCCUCCUGUUACCUCAAGCAGGGGAAAUACAGGCAAGCUGAGGCUCUUUAUAAAGAGAUUCUGACUCGUGCUCAUGAGAAGGAGUUUGGCUCAGUGGAGGGGGACGGCCGGCCGGUUUGGAUACAUACAGAGGAGGGAAGCUCAAGACAGGAUGGUCUGGGAAGUCUGAAGCGCAGUGGAUCGUUUACCAAGCUUCGGGAAUCCAUAAGACGAAGCAGCGAGAAACUUGUUCGGAAACUGAAAGGAGUUGGAACACAGGAAACAGCCCCUCGAGCUGCUGGGAUGAAGAGAGCCAAUUCUCUAAAUGUGCUUAAUGUGGGUCUCAAAGAAAGUCAAGAGGCUGCUAUGAAGCCCAAUAGGCUGACAGAUGCACGGGGUCUGAGUUCCAGCACGCAGAGUUUAGCACGCCGUGCAUCUCUGAGCGGUGACAGCUAACUUUCAGACACGCCAUAUGACAUCAGGACUGAUGCAGAGAUAUCAGCCUCACAUCUGACUGGUCUGUAAUGACUGCAAAGGUCAUAUGUGACAAUAAUAUGAGGAACAGUAUGUGACGAUGAAUGCACACACUUCAAAGCAGUCUGUCAAAGUGCUUCUGGAAAAGGAGAGCACACUUUGGCUUUACAAAAAUAUUUUUUACACUGUAAAAAAUCUGUUCAGUCUAUUCAUUUUUUAAAAGCCUGUUGCAAUAUAAAAUGUCACAGAAAUGUAUCAUUUAUUGCAUUUCAAAGAUAGGACCAUUACCACAGCCUUAGGCAGGGUGCAGUUUUUUUAAUAAAAGUGUGGUCACAUUUUUUUGCUCAGCAGAAUUUUGCAGGCAAAAUCCAGUCAUUUCAAUAGGAAUCCAUGCACUCAAAAAAAUUCCCCACUUAGGUUUCACUCAUGUUCAGGUUAGUCUCGCAAUUUUGCCACAUUGACCAACAGAAAGCUUUUGUUGUGAAAGUCUCUAUUUUGUAAGCCUAAUUCAUUGCUGCAUUAUAGACAAUGGACAUUUUUUUGCCUGCUUAAUUUCUCCAAAAUUUUACUAAUGUGACUGCACUUUACCACUGUUUACUUAGAAAAUUGUAGCAAUAUGUGACAUACAUUCCAUGUCCUCACACUACCAUGCAAUAGAAUUAUAGUAUUGGAAUUGAACAAUUUGCACUUAAGGGAUAGUUCACUCAAAUUCUGUCAUUAAUUACUCACCCCCGUAAGACCUUCGUUCAUCUUCAGAACACAAAUUAAGAUAUUUUUGAUGAACACUGCAUAGACAGCAAUGCAACUGAAACGUUCCCAGGCCCAGAAAGUUAGUUGUUAAAAUGGUACAUGUGACAUCAGGGGUCUCAUUUAUAAAGCUUGCGUACGCUCAGAUUUGAUCUUAUAGUGUGCGUACGCUUAAAUCCACGUUAAGAACUGUCUUUGGCGUGGAAAAGUGCUUAGCGUCAUGUCAGGGUCUGAGCAGAUGUACUGCAGGUUUUUGGAAAUGUAAGCUGUUCUUGCAGCUCGCUGUUCUAAGUUAAAGAAUUUGGAAGAUGACUGGUGAUCUUUUACAUGUUAAUGACAUUAAUUAGGAGUCGUUUACAAGGCAGAGAACUGAAACCAUUCAGUUAUGUGCAAGUUCAAGAUCAUUUGCGAUUCAUACAUUUCACAUCUGACAGAGACGCAUACGUGUGUUUUCUGUACGUACGUUCAUUUUAUGCAUCACACGUACGCAUAUUUGAGAAAUGAUCGUAAGAUCAAUUUUAGUAUGGUUUCGCACAACAUUUUAUAAAUGAGGCCCCAGUUGCUCAAAGUACUUUGAGAAUACUUUUUGUGUGCAGAACGACAUUAGGGUGAGUAAUUAAUGACAGAAUUUUCAUUUUUGGGUGAACUAUCCCUUUAAUUCUUCUUAUCGCUUCUAAAUGCUCUUAACUCAAAAAUUCCUAAUGAAUGGUCAUCCAUGAUGUUACAUUCCAAGAUGAAUGUAAGACAUACUAUUGUACAUACUAAUUUGUAUGUUUCUAUGAGUUAAUAUCAACCAGUUGUGGUACAUACUUGUGCCUAUAAUAUAAGGGACUUUUGAUUUUUCAAUUUCAAGCACAUGUACUUUAUAUUUAUGCAUGCUGUGCUUUUGCUUUAGUUUAAGCACUUCUCAACACAAUAAGAAGGAUUUUACAUGUGCAGAAUUUCAGGGUACAAGGCUAAUAUACAGUAUAUAACUUGAAUCUUGCUAGUGGAUGUAGUUACUGAGAGGUUAGGCAUCAAAGGAGCUGCUACAUAAUCUAAACAGUUGUACAUUCUAUAUUGUUGAAUCAUGUUACAUAUUCCGUGGGCUUAGGGAGUAUAUUUAUAUACUGAAUGUUGCUGAUGAACCAAAUAAAAUUGUUCUACCUCUGUUAAAAUCAACAUGUGUGAAUAGUGUUUUCAGAUAAUUAGGUGGUUGACAGCUGAUACGGCCCAAUCAAUAGCUGGUAUGCAACUCCUGGUGACCUCCAGUAGUUUAAAUUAGUGUGCUUGUGUGCCCACUGCAGCUGGUUUUGAGAGUAUGUUUCUCUUCAAACAGUAAAGAAUGAC